AUGAAACUCCUCGCCAUUUUACUGCUGACUGUAGCAGCAGUGUCUGCCAUCCCCAGGAGUGCGACCAGACCACAGCCCGUCACCGCACACAUCACCUCUCUCAGUGACAAGGAUGCUAGGAGCAAGGCGAGAGUACAUCCAGCUUUUGCUAACGCCGGUCGUGUAGCUGGUGUUGAAGUGUGGAGAAUUCAAGAUUUCGAUCCCGUCGCAGUUUCUGCGGCUGACUUCGGAAAGUUCUACAAAGGAGACUCUUACAUAGUUUUGAGGACUACAGCAGACAAGCGUAACAACUUAUCCUGGAACAUUUACUACUGGAUCGGCAGCGAAUCAACCCAAGACGAGUCUGGAGCCGCCGCCAUAUUGACAGUUGGCCUUGAUGACAAAUUCAACGGUGCUGCUAUCCAACACAGGGAAGUUUUAGGACAAGAGAGUCAAGACUUCAAAGCAUUGUUCCCUUCGGGCUUGCAGUAUUUGAGCGGUGGUCAUGCAUCAGGAUUCAACCAUGUUGUCACAAACGCUGGCGCUGAGAAGAGACUCAUUCAAGUUAAAGGCAAAAGAAAUAUUCGUACUCGACAGGUAGAUCCUCUGAUCUCCUCAAUGAACAAAGGAGAUUGUUUCAUCCUAGAUAUUGGCAAUGAAGUCUACCUCUACGUCGGAGAGAGCACCAGGAACAUGGAGAAACUGAAGGCAAUCUCCGUAGCCAACCAGAUCAGAGACCAGGACCAUAACGGAAGAGCAAGAUUGGAAAUUAUUGACCAAUACUCCAACGAUGUGGACACCCAGAAAUUCUUCACAGCACUCGGAUCAGGAGCUAAGGACUUGGUGCCAGAAGCAAGCGCUGGUGGAGACGACCAGGCUUUUGAGCGCAAUGAAGAGCAGUCAAUCGUUCUUUCAGAAGUAUCUGAUUCUACUGGCAAAGUGAAGGUCACAGCUCUCUCCAAGCCGUACAGACAGGAACAAUUGAAACCACAGGACGCCUAUAUUUUGGACACAGUUACUGGAAGUAUCUACGUUUGGACUGGCAGACAAGCGACUGAGAGGGAAAAGACUGAAGCCAUGACUAAAGCCCAACAGCUGUUGUCUUCAAAGAAUUACGCAUCUUGGGUCAAAGUAGUAAAGAUUCCCCAGGGUACUGAGCCAGCGAUCUUCAAACAAUACUUCGCCACCUGGAGAGACCUCGGCAUGUCACACACAAGAAUAGUAUAA